UAAAACCAUUAUGCAAAACAUGUAAAUUUUUUUGAGAUUAUAAUACGCAAAGGAAAAGCCCAAAAAUAAAAAUAAAAUAAUGGCUGGAGCAAAUAACGCUAUGUUUAUAUUUGAGGUUGUGGUGGGAAAUAUUAAAAGCAUGGUUGAAAGUCGUCAUUUAUUAAUUAAAAGUGAUUUUGGUGAUGUUUUCUCAUUAGAACUUAAAGAUCCAAAAACAAUGCAUAUUGUUAUUCCAGAGCCCCCACCUUUACCACCAGAGCCACCUGGUAAAAAGGGGAAAAAAGCAAAAUCACCGAAGCCUAAAAAAGGCAAAAAAGGCGUCAUAGAAGCACCGCCCCCUGAACCUGUAAUUCAAUCUGGUCAGUCUAUAUUAUUUUCAAGUAAUGCAGAAUUUAUAAUUCAGACAAUAAAGAAAUUCCCAUUAGAAUUAUCCUUGUGGAGUAAAGAAGAUAAUUUGACUUAUAUUGGCGGUACAUUCAUUCCGUGGGAUCCUGCUUUUUAUACGUAUUUGGAAAAGGUUUGUGAUUUCCAAGAACCUCCGCCGGUUACAAUAAGAGAUGAUUAUAACAUAUUUGAAGAGGGUAAAGGAAAACUAAUGGCGAAGAUAGGCCUACAAAUAAAACUAACAUAUUUGACAGAUAAACUGACUACUGCCUUUCGAACACUUUCAGAAGAUCCUUCUGUUAAAAAGGUUUUAUACACAGGCAUCAACUCUAAAACCACAUCAUACAUGUGUACACUGAAAACUACGGAUGAAGAAUUCGAAGAGAACUGUAACAAGGUAGAAAAUAACUUUGUUAUAGAUAAUUCUAAACUUAACAAGAUAGUAUACGCUGAUUAUAAAAAUGCUCCCGGAGCUAAUCUUACGUUUUUUAAUGAUGGAGAUUACUGUUGCAUGCGUAAUGCAGAUAAACCGCCGGAAUCAAUAUACAAAGCACCUGAGACUUGUCCCGAUGUUGAUUUUAUUAUAGAUUACGUAAGAAAGAUUAUAGUAUCAUGUAACGACAACAUGAGAAUGUUAACACCACGUCCAACUAUAAAACCAAGAAUCAAAGCAACUGAUAUUGAUAGAUUGUGUUAUUGUAAACAAACCAAUUGGCCCGAAGGACAGAUUGCUGAAAGAUUUAAGAAUGAAGCGCAGUCUGGACCCUGUCCGAUGUGUACUAGUGCUGGAAUGAAACCUGAAGGCUCUCGUGGUACAACUUUUGAUAUAGCUAAUAUAACAGGGCCUUGUGGUAAGACUGAUUGCAAAAUAGCAAGAGACUUGAGGGAAUACAUCGAAAAUAUUAUUGAAGAUGAAAACAAGGAGAUUGAUAUUAAUGAUAUCAUUGGCCCUUGUGGAAGUAAGGAGUGUCGAAUCGCCGAAAGAAUUCAAGAAUUCCUUCGCCACGAGGGUGUUUUCUCUCAUGGAUCUACGUUGGAGGGUUUGUCUACACAGUGUGGAUGUAUAAAGAAAAUGCAAGAAGCUCUCACUAAAAAGGAAUCAUGCGAUUCCUCUUGCUCUAAGUAUUGUGCUGAGACAAGCAGUGAGGACAGUAAAUGUGAUGGAAAAGUAUGUCCUUACAAAUCUCAAGAUAAGCAAAUUUACAACGUUUACUACUUUACUGUAGAGUAUGACUUUGAAAAGAUAAGUACUGGAGCAAUAUCUCCAGGUACGGAAAAAUCAGGUAAAACUGCCUCUUUUAAGGACAGUUCAGGAACAGCUUCGCCGAGUUGCACUAACAAAUCCGAUCUAUCUUCUAAGUUUAAAUACUGUUCUACUGAUUGUCCUAGCACGAAAACUUCCAUCACUAAUUGUUCGAAAAGCGUAUGCUCUUCGCUAACUGAUAAACAAAAAAGAGUAGCAGGUGAAGACUCAAAAUGCCAGAAUCCUGUUUGCCCACACCUAAAUGAUGAUCCACCUAGCCCGGCAGAUAGUGACAUCGUCGUAAAACUCGAUGAUAUUUAUAAUCCUUGCUGUGUCAAAUCUUGUGAUGUUGCUGAAAUAGUUAAAGACUUUAUAGUUGACGGUAUCGUAAAAAAUAAAGAUAGGGUCGCACAAGAGGAUGAUCCAUGUUUUUGUGACUGUGAAUGUACUUUUAAACUAACAAAAAAUACUAGAUAUUGUGACGUUUGCGGUGGUUACGAAUGCUUAGGGGAAGACGUUGAAAAAAUGCCCGACUAUGCAAAGCCGCAUCCUUGUCCAGUUUAUCACAAGUUGUAUGAUAAAAAGUUGAUUCAAGUUCAUAGUCCGUGGUCAGAAGAAGAAGUUAAAAAACCUCUGGAUGCUAUAAGUAAUAAAAGUUCACGCACGCAAACUGGUUCCAAAAUUGGUCAAGGAGAGAAAAGGUCAACUUUAUCUCGUUCCAUGAAAAAUAUGUCAGAGAAAAAAAUAAAAACUGUUACUGAAAACAAAGCUAAAUCUGAGAAAAAGACAGUGGGGAAAUUCACUGCAAACGUAGACGCCGCUUUAAUGCCAGUAGUAGUGAAGAGACCAGAGACUAAGUAUCCAUAUCCUCCUGUGCCUAAAACUAAGGGAUGGAACUGGACCGCUGAAGAUAUUCCUGGAAUGAAGCCUCGACCGAAAUGGAAACCGGGUGCUGCCAACAAAAUUUUGGUGAGAAGAUAUAGGGCAAUAAGAGAAGGAGUGGAUACUAUAGCAAAGAAAAAAAGAGCUAUGAUGCAACGUAAAAAGAAAAUUGAAAUGAAGCCCACUCUAAUAGUGAAGAAAGAAAAAGGCGAAUACACAGUUCAAAUGGAGGUCUUCAAAAAGUAUUCUAAGGACAGACUUGUUUUUCAGUAUCCAUAUGAUGAAAAACCUCCUCUUGUAUACACGAUAGGAAAAACCUUAGAAGAGAAGCGAAAGAUUCAAAGACAGCUAGAAAGACGUGAGCGUAGAGAAACGAGAAGAAAAAGUCGCUUAUUGCAGUCGACUUUUAGAGAUAGAUGUCAAGAAAUUUGCGUAAAGGCAUUUAAUCAAGCAAUGGGCGUGUUACCUUUACCAAAUCCUAAUGACCCCGAGUGCCCAUGUGGUACUGAAGCAAUCCAAAGUGUUAGCCCGCCUAUCGAUUCAUGUUCCUGUUCAGACGAAGAUAACAUUUCCAGCAGUGAUACUGAUAAUGAUGAGUGGAUUAUACAGUUUACUCCACCUGCAGCUCGUUGGGACGUUAAAGCAAAACAUCCACCAGUUCAAGCCGACGACGAAUGUCAAUAUAAUUAUUUAGAUUACAAAGUGAAAUUGCUCGACAAGCAAGGAAAUCCUGUCCCGAGAUUCUUCAAAGGUCCGGAUGGAAAGCAGGAGUGUAGUGAUCUUGGUGGUUUUUGGGGCCCUGACCACGCGUGGCUGGAAAUUAAUAAAGAUGGUUAUAUCGGACCCGAUUUUCGCUGGGUACCUAUGAACUUCGCCGGUCCUGAUGGAAUGUUUUAUUCUGCAGAAGAAGGCUUCUUUACUGAUAGUUCAGGACGCAAUUUAAAAAUAGGUGUUGAUGGUUAUAUUGAUAAUGAUGGAAAAUGGGCAUGGUACUCGAAGCCGCGAGGUCGAAGCCCCAAAUCCAUGCUGUCUUCAAAAACAGGUACACCAGUGAAUUCCAUAAAGGGCAAAAUACUAGUAAAUAACAUUAUGCCCAAAGAGAAAAUUUACCCCAAACGUAAAAUAGAAGUUAAAAAUGAUCCCAAAAGAAAGGACGCUAAGCCACCAUCAACCAUUUUAUCAAAAAAUGCUGUGGACCUUAGUAGGAUAAAGAAAACAGUGUCGUAUUCACCUGGUAGACAAAAAAGUCCUUUAGUAAUGAGUGUAUCGGUGAAUUUUGAAAAAAAUAGACUUUUAAACUCAACUAGCAUAAAAAAUGCUUCAGAAGAGAAAAAAAUUGAAAAGUAUAAAGAAAUUAUGAAAGAACUAGAAAUGUACGACGACAUUCCUGAGCUAAAGCGACCUGGUAAAACUAAUAGAGCUUCAAAUACACUCGGAAAAAGCUUUUUUCCUUUUACCGAGCAGAAACGAUAUCCUGUGAAAAAGCAAAAUGUCAUUAAUACCGUUAGGCCAAGUAGUAUAGCAUCGUUCAAAUUCCACGAUUCGUGAAAUCUUACAAAAACUAAUAUAAAUUGUUUUUAGUAGUUAAAAUAUACGUGU